UUGGAAAUUUUUAGGUUUGACAAGUAUGUGCAUGAUUACUUGGUUAAGAAGGGGCUGCAUUUGACUGCUGAUUUAUUUGCCAUUGAAGCUAAUGUUGUUCAUCCCAAUCAUGUUGCAAUCGAAUCCCCGGAGGGGUUGCUAAAGGAGUGGUGGAAUUUUUUCUAUGAUACAUACAUGUUUCAGCAGGCUGAGUGUGCGCAAGAAUACAAUACUGAGGCAGCACAUACUAUUGACAAUGUUGUAGCUAAUAUCCCCUCCGCUCUGCCAGCGCUUUCUCCUCAUUCUCCCAUUCUAUCAUUUGAGCAUAAUAUAUCUCCUAUAGUGCCGGCCUUCCACCUGACGACACCUGAAUAUGCGUUGAUGUAUGAUUUAAGCUUUGUUGAUAUGCAUCAUCCAACUCAGCUAGUGCCAUUUGAAACUAAUUUUAGCUGCCCGAUGGAGCUGAUACCAGAUAUGCCUCAACAAUGGGAGGCAACAGAUGAAGGAGAGGGGCUUGGUAUUUUCACCGAUCAAACUAUACAGAUGGAACCAAAUUACUCUGAUGCUCUUGCUACGGCUAUGCUUCUGAUGCCAGAUACUUCUAAAGCAGGGAGCGAUGUUAAGAAAGAAAUGGAGUCUUUUGAAACAUGA